CAUUUUGCUCGAGUAUACAUAUAUGGCCCUCUUCGCCGAGAAGGAGUCCGCCGCCGCUGAGAUUCAGCUGGAGCUCGUGCGACUCAGGGAGCGGGAGCUCAAGUUCCUGGUCAGCCACUUCCACUCCCUCUCGACGGUCGUCUCCAUCUUCAUCGGGCUCGCCAACCACGCCUUUCUCCACGGCAUCCCGCCGUGCCCGACUCCCGGCGAGGGCUGCUCGGACGGCAUCGCGCUGCAGUCCGCCUACCAGGUGCUCACCGUCGCGUCGCUCGGUCUCUUCACCGUCGCGCUCGUCGUCGCGCUCAUCUGUGCCACGAUGGGCUGGCGGCUGGCGCUCUGCGGCCCGCCUGGCUCGAUGCAUCAGGCUGUUGAGGCCCUGCACCAAUUCCGCGGGCAGACCUCCCUCGCCCUCGGCGCCGCCCUGCUCGCAACGUUUGCUGCGGCCGCAAUCCACCCGCUCAUGCUCCUCCACCACAGCGACCUCGCGCACCGCCCUCCGCGCGUCGUGGCCACCGCCUCCUCCGCCUCCUGCGCCGCCUCUGCUGUCGUCACCUGGCUCGGCGCCCGCAGCGCCAUCGCACACUUCCGCCUGCCCGGCGAGAUGCGGACGCGCGGCUACUUCACGUUUGGACGGCGGCACCAGCUGGCCGAGUCGCGGAGCCGCGGCGCCACACCGGGCAGCGGCACGCCUCUGCGCCGCUGGCUCGCCCGCCUCACGCAGAGCGUCUUUGGGGCGGCGGUGGUGAGGCUCACGGAGCGAUUGAGCGGGACGGUUCCUCAGCCGGUGGGCAGGACGGCGCCGCGCCUCAUCUACGAGCUGCAGCGGCCGCUCCUAGGAAAGGAGUCCUCCGGAGAAGGAGGUGCCUCGGUCGGCGGAGCCAAGGCCUUACCCGCGGGCGAGCCGGGCGCGGGGUGCGGCGACUCGCCUGGACCACACGCCAAACCGGCGCCGGCGCGCGUCUGCUCGGUGGACGCGUCGGCGAUGGCGCUGCGCCGAGCGGCGCACCUCGUGCAGCAGGGACGGCUGGGUGAGGCGCGGACGCUUGUUCGCGAGAUUCUCGGCGUGCUCGAGGCGCGCGACGCGAGCGGCCGGGGCGCGGGGCAGGCCUGCGAGGACUGCGGGACAGCCGGGCGUGGCCUGGCCGAGACCUCGGCUCGGUUCCUCUCGGGAGGGGAGGAGCUAGGGGAGGAGUCUGUCCUUCUACAGCGACCCCGGGAAUCCCUUCGGUUUGGGACCUUUUUAGGAAAGCUCUUCUAAGG